UACCAGGUGAUAUAUAUGUGAUUUAAGGAAGCGUGACAAUUAACAUUAACCGCCUAUAGGUGUCACAUUUAUAGCAUCAGACUCAGUCACUGAUGAUGAACAAAUACAGGAAGCAGAUGGCAGAGCAGUUCCUGAGUCAGGCCUUGGGUAUCAUCUGCCUGCUGACAGGAGAGGAAUACACCAUUGUGAAGAAGAGGCUCUCCCACAGCAGCGUUCAACAGCUGAGCGGAGAGGUGCCUAUAAAGUGUGAGGAUGUUGCUGUGUAUUUCUCUGUGGAGGAGUGGGAGUAUAUAGAGGGACACAAGGAGCUUUACAAGGACGUCAUGAUGGAGACUCACCAAGCACUAAGGACUAAGGAGAUCCCUGGAAAUGAGAACUCAGAACUAACAGGUCACAGAGAUGAAAAUCUAGACACAGGAGCACAUAGAGAACUGGUACAGAAUAUUCAGCUAGUGGAGACCCCGUCAGACGUCUCUGCAGAACUAACAGGUCACAGUGUCCUAGACACAGGAUCACAUGGGGACCUUGUACAGAAUAUUCAGCCAUCAGAUGUCUCUGCAGGUGACAUUAAUACUGACGUAGAUGUUAAAACAGAAGAUCUGAGUGUAACGUGUCAGCUGGAAGCUCCAAUGCAGGAAUUGUGUGACCGUGACAAUGAAGGUGAAAAAGAUGCUAACAUUUUAUGUAACACAGAACAAGCAGAAGAUCAGGGGCUAGCAAAUAUGCCAGAAGCUGCAAAGCAGGAAAUAUGUGACAAUAUAAGUACAGGUAGGUGUAAUAGUGUGACGUAUGUCUGAGGGA